AUGUGUCCGAGGCCUCAAAGGAAAAGUAUGCCCUCACUCAAUUUGAGGGGUACGCUUCUACUUGGUGGGAAUCCAAGAAGUUACAAAGAUCUCAAUAACACAUUUAUGAUCCUCCCAACUUGGAACGACUUGAUUGAGCUCAUGGAGACAAGGUGGCUUCCACCCACAUACCACCAAGAUGCACUCAAAAGGUUGUACAUGUUAAAGCAAGGGUUGAAAAAUGUGGAAGCAUACUUUGAUGAGUUUGAGGACUUGUGGAUGAAGUCCAAGAUAGAAGAGCAUAAAGAGUACACUAUUAUAAGGUUUUUAGCCAACUUGAAUCGAGACAUCUCUAAACCGAUGAGGCUCAAAACCUAUAAUAGUCUUGAAGAGGUAUUCCAUGACGCAUCUAAGGUUGAGGCGGAUCUAAAAGAAGAGAGGUCCUAUAAAUACAAAAGCAAAUCGUCUUCAACUUGGAACAAAGGCAAAGAAAAGUGGAAAACUUCCACUUGGGAUAAGCCCAAGAGCAACACUCACGCACCUCAAGCCAAAUUCGAUUACAAAGCCAAAGGUGAUGACAAGGCUAAAGGAGGUAACAAUUCUAACACUAACUAUAACCGGCCUUCUACCAUCCAAUGCUUUAAGUGCCAAGGGAGAGGGCACAUUGCGAGUGAGUGUCCCAACAGGAGGACUAUCACAAUAGUGAGGGAUGGAUAUCGAACCGAUGAUGAACAUAAGGGCGGGGUUGGUCAUGAAGAAGAGGGAGAAAGAAGUAAGUGUGAGGGUGAUUCUGAUGAAGAGGUUGAGAUAAGGUAUGAAGAAGCCUUGAAUCAUGCUAUUGUGGCUAGAAGAGCCAUGGGGGCUCUAGAUAGGGAAGAGAGUGACCAAAGGGAGAACUUGUUUCAUGCACGAUGCAAAAUUGUGGAUAAGGUGUGCUCAUUAAUCAUUGAUGGUGGGAGUUUCACGAAUGUCGUUAGUCAAUUUUUAGUUGAAAGUAUGAAAUUCUCCACCCGCAAGCACACUAAUCCCUAUAAACUUCAAUGGCUUAAUGAAUAUGGUGAAAUGAGGGUCAACAAGCAAGCCAUUAUCAAAUUUAGCAUUGGCAAGUACCAAGAUGAGAUUUUGUGUGAUGUGGUACCCAUGCAAGCUUUCCAUCUAUUGCUUGGAAGACCUUGGCAAUUUGAUGUUGAUGCCCAACAUAGUGGGAGAACUAACAAGUACUCAUUUGUGGUCAAGGGGAAGAAGUACAUUCUUAACCCACUAACCCCUUACAAAGUGAGUGAGGAUUAUAGAGUGAUGAGGGAGCUUCGGGAGAAGUAUCAAAGGGAAGAAAAGGAGAAGAGUGAGAGGGAGACUUUGUUGGUCAUAAGUGGGGAGGGAACAUCUCAAGAUGGUUCCAAGAAAUGUUUGUUGGCCAAACCAAGUAAUUGCUUAAAAAGGGUUGAUGAGGGACACUUCAUGGUGUGUCUUGUCAACAAGGACCUUCUCUUAAAUGCUAACCAAGCUACUAGCACUUUGCCUAGUAGUAUAUCUUCUCUUUUGCAGGAAUAUGAAACAUUGUUCCCGGAAGAAAUGCCCGAUGGCUUACCUCCUUUGAGAGGUAUUGAGCACCAAAUCGACUUUGUACCAGGUUCUCAAAUUCCCAACAAACCGGCUUAUAGGAGCAAUCCGGAAGAAAUAAAAGAAUUGCAAAGGCAAGUGGAUGAGCUCCUUAAAAAGGGGCUAGUGAAGGAGAGUCUUAGCCCGUGUGCCGUUCCGGUGAUUCUUGUUCCAAAGAAAGAUGGCACUUGGAGGAUGUGCAUUGAUUGUAGAGCCGUCAACAAAAUCACGGUAAAGUAUCGCCAUCCCAUUCUGAGGCUUGAUGAUAUGUUGGAUGAGCUUUAUGGCUCAAGUGUGUUUUCGAAGAUUGAUCUUAGAAGUGGCUAUCACCAAAUUCGAAUGAGCCCCGGUGAUGAGUGGAAAACGGCCUUCAAAACCAAUUUUAGACUCUAUGAGUGGCUUGUCAUGCCAUUCGGUCUAACCAAUGUACCUAGCACAUUUAUGAGGUUGAUGAACCAUGUCUUGAAACACUUUAUCAACAAGUUUAUGGUUGUUUAUUUUGAUGAUAUCCUUGUGUAUAGCAAAUCAAUUGAGGAGCAUGUACACUACAAGAAAAAUGGCUAUUAG